UUCCAUUUCUGUGCUCAUGAAGACAAGGACUGGGCAUUAUCCAUUGGAUGUGGUGACAAAGAUCUUAAUAACCUCCUCAACAUCUCUGUUAGUUACCUCUGUGUGCCAGGAAAACAUGCCCCUUCAGCCUUCCAUUCUGACCUGCAUUUUCCUGCUUAUCUCUGGUUCCUGUGAGUUCUUCACUGAAAAUUCAAGAAGCUUUCCUUGCGAUGAGAGUAGGCAGAAUGCCUCUGUUAUUGCGGAAUGCAAUAGCCGUCGACUGCAAGCAGUUCCCAAAACAGUGGGCAGAAACGUGACGGAACUAGACCUGUCUGAUAAUUUCAUCACACACAUAACAAAUGAAUCAUUUCAAGGGCUGCAGAAGCUCACUAGAAUAAAUCUGAACCACAAUGCCAAUCAGCAGCACCAGGAUGAAAAUCCUAAUAUAAACAAAACUGGCAUGAACAUUACAGAUGGAGCAUUCCUCAACCUAAAAAACCUAAAGCAGUUGCUGCUUGAAGACAAUCAGCUAUACAAAAUACCUACUGGUUUGCCAGAGUCUUUGCGAGAACUUAGUCUAAUUCAAAACAAUAUAGUUUCGGUAACUAAAAAUAACACGUUGGAACUUGGGAAUUUGGAAAAAUUCUAUUUGAGCUGGAACUGCUAUUUUGCAUGUAAUAAAACAUUUGAAGUGAAAGAUGGGGCAUUUGAAAAGCUUACAAACUUGAAGGAGCUGUCACUAUCUUUCAAUACUCUUAACCAUGUGCCCCCCAAACUACCAAGCUCCCUAGUAACACUGUAUCUGAGCAAUGCCAAGAUCCAAACCAUCGGUCCAGAAGACUUCAAGGGACUGGGGAAUUUAUCAUCACUAGAUUUAAGUGGCAACUGUCCGAGGUGUUUCAAUGCACCAUUUCCUUGCACACCUUGUGAGGGGGGUGCUUCACUUAAGAUACAUCCUCUCGCUUUUCAAAAUCUGACCAAACUUCUCUCCCUAAACCUCUCUAGCACUUCUCUCCAAACUGUGGAUUCCACCUGGUUUGACAACAUGCCUUCUCUGAAGGCACUGCAUCUUGAAUUCAACUAUUUAGUGCAAGAAAUAGCUUCUGGGGCAUUUUUAACAAAACUGCCCAAUUUAGAAACACUUGAUUUAUCUUUUAACUAUGUGAAGACAGAAUAUUUCCAAUAUAUUAAUCUUUCUUCCAACUUUUCUAAGCUUGAGAAACUGGAGGCAUUGCAUUUAAGAGGUUAUGUGUUCCAGGAACUUAGAAGAGAGGAUUUCCAGCCUCUGAUGGGUCUUCCACACUUAAAGACCAUCAACCUUGGGGUUAACUUUAUUAAGCAAAUUGAUUUUAAAAUUUUCAAAAAUCUUCCCAGCCUGAAGGUUAUUUACUUGUCAGAAAACAGAAUAUCACCCUUGGUAGAUGAUACCAGGCAAAAUUGUGCAAAUGGAUCCUCUUUUCAAAAUCACAACCGCAAGCCACGUUCACCAGAUUCUGAGUUUGACCCACAUUCAAAUUUUUACCAUCCAACCUAUCCUUUAAUGAAGCCCCAAUGUACCAGCUAUGGAAAAGCCUUAGAUCUAAGUUUAAACAGUAUUUUCUUUAUUGGCAGAAAGCAAUUUGAAGAUUUUCAAGACAUUGUCUGCUUAAAUCUGUCUUCCAAUGGCAAUGGUCAAGUAUUUAAUGGAAGUGAAUUUUCAACUGUGAGUCAGGUCAAAUAUUUGGAUUUGACCAACAACAAACUAGACUUUGAUGAUGAUAAUGCUCUCAGUGCACUGCACAACUUAGAAGUCCUAGAUCUCAGCCGUAAUGAGCACUACUUCAAAAUAGCAGGGGUGACGCAUCGUCUGGGAUUUCUUCAAAAUUUAACUCACCUCAAGGUUUUAAACUUGAGCUACAACAGCAUUUAUACUUUAACAGAGGAAAAAGAACUGAAAAGCAUGUCCCUGGAAGAAUUAAACUUCAGUGGAAACCGCCUUGACCUUUUGUGGAAGACUGGAGAUACUAGCUACUGGCCCAUUUUUAAAUGCCUCAGCAAUCUGACACGGCUCGACUUAUCUGACAAUAAUCUUCAACGGAUCCCAAAUGAUGCAUUUUUGAACUUGCCUCAGGGUCUCAUCCAUCUCUAUUUAAAAGACAACAUAUUAAAUUUCUUCAAUUGGACAUUGCUCCAGCAGUUUCCUCGGCUCCAGGUGCUUGAUUUAAGUGGAAAUCAACUGUCCUCUUUAACAAGCAGCUUGUCUAGAUUUACAUCUUCUCUUCAGACCCUGCUGCUGAGCCAGAAUCGGAUUUCCCACCUGCCCUCUGGCUUCCUCUCAGGGGCCAGCAGUCUGAUGUACCUCGAUUUAAGCUCUAACCUGAUAAAGAUGAUCAACAAAUCCACGCUACAGACCAAGACCACCACCAAUUUAGCUACUUUGAAACUGGAUGGAAACCCUUUCGACUGUACAUGUGACAUUGGAGAUUUUCGAAGAUGGAUGGAUGAAAAUCUGAGUGUCUCAAUUCCUAGAUUGACAGAUGUCAUUUGUGCCAGUCCUGGGGACCAAAGCGGGAAGAGCAUUGUGUCUCUAGAGCUAACAACUUGUGUUUCAGAUAGCACUGCAGCGGCAUUAUUUUUCUUAACAUUCUUUAUCACCAUCUUGGUUAUGUUGGUUGCCUUGGCUCACCAUUUGUUUUACUGGGAUGUUUGGUUUAUGUAUCAAAUGUGUUUAGCUAAGGUAAAAGGCUACAGGUCUCUUUCCACAUCUCAAACUUUCUACGAUGCUUACAUUUCUUAUGACACCAGAGAUGCUUCUGUUACUGACUGGGUAAUAAAUGAACUACGCUACCACCUGGAAGACAGUAAAGGCAAAAAUGCCCUCCUUUGUUUAGAGGAGAGGGAUUGGGACCCGGGAUUAGCCAUCAUUGAUAACCUCAUGCAGAGCAUAAACCAGAGCAAAAAAACAAUAUUCGUUUUAACCAAAAAAUAUGCAAAAAGCUGGAACUUUAAAACAGCUUUCUACUUGGCCUUGCAGAGGCUAAUGGAUGAAAACAUGGACGUGAUUCUGUUUAUUCUCCUGGAGCCUGUGUUGCAACAUUCCCAGUACUUGCGGCUGCGGCGGCGGAUCUGUAAGAGCUCCGUCCUGCAGUGGCCCGACAACCCCAAGGCGGAAGGCUUGUUUUGGCAAAGUCUGAAGAACGUGGUCUUAACUGAAAAUGAUUCCCGUUAUAACAAUUUGUAUGUUGAUUCCAUUAGGCAAUACUAACUGAUAUUAAGCCAUGGUUCAGCACUAGAAUAAAAAUACAAUCAUCGUUCUCCCUUAACUAUUACUAUGGAACAAAUUACCCCAACACUUGGUGGUUUCAAAAGACCCACGUUUGUGAUCUCACAGUGCCUGAGGGUCAAGAGUCCAGGUACAGGAUGUCUGGGUCCCCUGCUGCAGGGUCUCUCAAAGCUACAAUGGAGGAGUGGCCAGGGCCACAGGCAUCUUUGGGGUUAGGACCCACUUCUGAGCUCACACAUCAGCAUCACAUGUCUGUUUUCUGGAUUCAUUUUCUCCCAGACUGUUGGUUAGCAGUUCCUCUCAGUUUCCUGCUAUAUGGCCCUCUCUCAUCAGGCACUCUACUUCAUCAAAGCCAGCAAGAGACAGAGGUCACUAGCAAGACUAUGUCACACUUUUUGUAGUCUACUCAUGGAAAUGGUAUCCUAUCAUACUACCCAUAUUCUGCUUCUUUGAAGUCAACCACAGGUACCACCAGCUCUGGGACAAUGGCCACCUCAGUCCAGAAAACAGUUGAAGAUAGUCCAGGGGAAAACUGUUAAGAAAUAAAGACAUUUAAAAACAGUUUUUAGCAUAUACAUCUAAAUUGAAAUUUGUGGUAUUUACUAGUACUCAUUGCUAUAAAUCUUAAAGAUGAAUGAUUAAUCUCUUUUCAUUGUAUAUAACAAAGGUAUGAUAAUUAUACAGUAUGGAAAUAGUGGUAUAAGAGAAAAUAAAUUGCCAUUUACACUGA